CCAAAGCAGAGAGAGAGAGAGAGAGGCGAUAGACCGAUAGAGAGAAGAAAGCUCUCUUCUUUCUUUUGUAGUUCUUUUUCUUCUCUGGCCUGUUCAUUGCCAUCAUUAACAACUGAUGUCACAGACCCAUCUCUUCAAAUUUGAUUUUCUACUUUUCCUGCAAUUUUCAACUGCCCAAGAGAGAGCGAAGGGAAGGAUACCUAAUUCAGUGGGUUUAUGUGUAUCAGAUCUUGUUCUUGAUCACGAAGACCUCUGGAAUCUGAGAUGGGUUCAUCUUUGAUCAGUUAAAAAAGCUGAAAACUCGUGAUCUGAUUCGAUAUUCUUAUCAGAUUUGAGCUCCUACUUUGCUCUUUUGAUCUCAACUUUUGUGGGUUCCUCUAUUUCUCUAGCAUUUGGGUUGUAACGAUGGAAUGAGAUCGAGAAUUCAAGCGUUCUUGCAGUUUUUUUCGAUAGGCUUGAGCUCUCUGCUGCUUUUUCUGAUCUGGGCAUCCCAUUUUCCUGUUGUUGGUUUCGAAAUAAUAGAUGGAAGAAGAUCAAGAGCAGAAGCAUGUAUGCAAGUUCUGUAAGAAGACUUUCCCCUGUGGGAGGUCCUUGGGAGGUCACAUGAGGUCUCAUAUGACUAUGAAUUCAGUUGAAACCGAGGACAAGCUCGGCAGGAAGAAGGUUUCUUCUGUUAAUGGUGAAAGUAACAGUAAUAACUACAUGGGUUGCGAAGCUGGUAAUCACGCUGGUUAUGGCCUUAGAGAGAACCCCAAGAAGACUUGGAGGUUUUCGGAUUCAAGCGAUGGUGCUUUGCGCCAAGGGAAGGUCUGUAAAGAAUGCGGUAAAGGAUUUCAGUCAUGGAAAGCUCUCUUUGGUCACAUGAGAUGCCACUCUGAAAGAGAGAGGGUCUCCAACAGCUUGGAAGAUGAUUCGUGGACUUGUGAAAACCAGAAGGUGGUCAUGGACAGCCAAUCUGACAACGAAGCUGCUGCUCCAAGGCGCAGGAGGAGAUCAAGAAGAAUGAGGUAUAGAGCUACUGCAACUUCAUCUUCUUUCUCUUUCGCUAAUGCUUCUUCUUCUGUUUCGGAGAUUGAGCAAGAACAGGAGGAGGUGGCCAUGUGUUUGAUGAUGCUGUCUCGGGAUGUGGGUCACUGGGGUGGAUUGAAUUCUGUUGGAGAGUCUUCUGAUAACAAUUCUGUAGUUUUAGAAGCUAGGUCAUCCGGCAUAGAUAAGCGAAUUACUAGAAGAGGAGGCAAAGUUUUUACUUCUAAUGUAUAUGAGACUGUGAAGAUGCAGAAACCAAGAAACAGGCGGUUAGACUCUGUUGUUUCCGAUCCUGAGAAUGUUCAUGUCGACAAGGGAAGAUCUGAGUGCGGUGUUUCUGAUUCUGGAGUUUUGAGGAAAGGAAUCAAGAAGGGGGAAUCAGAAGUCUCUGUUGAUGGGUUUCUCACGGAUGAUGAGUUUAAGAAGCCUAAAUUGGAUGACGAAACUGGUUUUGAGUUGUCAGAUAUGGAACUGAUGAGGAAGGAUAAUAAAAAAAGAUUCAAUUGUAAAAAGAGUACAGUGGACUAUUCUGAAGUUGAAUUGGGGAAAGAUUUUGUCAAAGAAACCGGAAAAGAUAGGUCUGAUUCAGAGUUUAAGAAGUUCAGUUUCAGCAAGAGAACCAGAACUGAUGCUUACGAUCCUGAAUUGGGAGGCGAUUUCAGCAAGAAGAUAAGAUAUGAUGAUUUGGAUUCAGAAAUCUACGGAGAGACUCAAAAGAAAAGCAGGUAUGAAUGUACAACUUGCAACAAGAUCUUCCAUUCCUACCAGGCUCUCGGGGGGCACAGAGCCAGCCACAAGAAGGUCAAAGGAUGUUUUGCUUCAAAGGUUGAGAGCAGUGAGAACAGCAUCGAGACAGAUGUUUCUCCUGAUCCAACAGCUGACAGUAAACUUGUUAAGUCUUGCAGUAAUGAGAACCUGGUAGAUCGAGAUGGUGCUGUCAGUUUGGAAGCAAGCUCUGUAUCAAAGAAGAGUAAGGGGCAUGAAUGUCCAAUCUGCUUCAAGGUUUUCACGUCAGGCCAAGCUUUGGGCGGCCACAAACGGUCCCAUAUGGUUGGGGGCUCUGAAGCCAGAGGGAAUCAGACCAUUGUAAUUCAACAACAGCUUCCUGAGAUUCGUGAUCUACUAGAUCUCAAUCUUCCUGCUCCUGCUGAGGAAGACAACGGUGGCCGCGUGGGGUUUAACCCAUGGUGGGUUGGAAGCAACCACAAACAUGAACCGCUGGUAGGUCUGAUUUCCAACUGAGUAACCUGAGACUGGUCAUGUUUCCCAUGAAGAUGCAAGAGUGUACAGACAAGUUGGUUGAUAUUAUUUCAUUAAUUCUUUUCAUAUCCAAGCAUAUGCUCUAUUGAGGUAAUAGUUCCCUUUGCUGCUUAAAUCAACUAAGUAGCAUUUUUCCUCUCCCUCUCUCUCUCUCUCUGCCUUUCCAUCCACCCCCUUUUGCCUUUUCUGUUUUCCAAUCUCAGAAUAAAUCUACAUUGUCACAAAAUUUUAAGUUCAUCAAUCUGUUUCAACUUGAAACUAUAUACUGUAAUUGGGUUUUGUUUUAUAUUUCUUCUUCCAGUGUAAUUUCUCUAAUUCCAAAUGAACUCAGAUUGCUCUCUGUUUCUGUUC